GACCGGCUGUCCUCUGCGUGCAGUGCGUGCAGUGCGUGUGAGUGCUGAGAGGAUGUGGACAUGGCGGCCAGGAGUGUGCGGGUCCUGGGACAGAACCUGGGUGCGUUGCUGAGGGCGCAGAGGUCACCUCUGGGGAGGUGUCCACGAAUGAUGUGCACGGCGGCUCAGCAGCCCAAUAACCCCUCAGCAGAGGAGGAGAAGAAUAAGAGCCCAGCAGAGGACUGCACAGAGCAGCUGGCUGCAGAGAAGGUGAAACUGGAGGAACAGGUCAAAGAAAUGACAGACAAGUACAAGCGAGCCCUAGCAGACACCGAGAAUUUGAGGCUCAGGAGUAAGAAGCUGGUGGAUGAUGCAAAACUAUAUGGUAUUCAGGGGUUCUGCAAGGACCUGCUUGAAGUAGCGGAUAUUUUGGAAAAGGCGACAGAGAGCGUCCCCAAAGAGGAAAUCAAGGCUGACAACCCCCAUCUGAAGAACCUCUAUGAGGGCCUGGUCAUGACUGAAGUUCAGAUGCAGAAAGUUUUGAAAAAGCAUGGAGUGCAAAAACUUAACCCUUUGGGUGCCAAGUUUGACCCCUACGAACACGAAGCCUUGUUCCAUACUCCCAUGGAAGGGAAGGAGCCUGGCACUGUCGCCUUGGUCACUAAAGUGGGCUACAAGCUCCAUGAACGUACCUUGAGGCCUGCAUUGGUCGGAGUUGUUAAAGGAACAUAAUCUAUUUUAAAUAAAUGUUGUAUAGUUAUUAAAUUGCCGAAUUUGGUAUUUCAUUCCAGGAACCCAUAUUUUUAA